GUUUGUUCCUGAUUAGAUUGCUUUAUCAUUGGGCAGAGAGAAGCUGCUGCUACUUGAAUGACUUUGAGAACAUUCCUAAGCAUUUAUGUUGGAGAACUCCCAUACUGAAGGCGCUCGAUUGCGCCGAGAAAUAUCUAUACAUUGCCAUUGUAAAACAAAACAACUGGUUGGAAAAACUCUACCUCAUUUCUGUGGAUCUUCCCCAAUGGAUCUCAAAGAAAGUGUGAUGGACUUUCUGUAGGGGCUGAAGGUUACUGCCCUAAUGCAACAGCCAUGGAAUUAGUAACACAUUGGAUCAGACCAUCAUCCCUUGAAGGUUCCUUAUGAAACCAAUUACCUGGACUUUCCUGCUCAAUGUGUAGGCAACUAAUGUGGCUGUAGAGCAAAGAGAUUAUUCUGGAUUAUAUAAAUUAUUGUCUUUCUUUAUUGAAGGUUACAUUUCCUAUUAUUUCGCAUGGUUAAAUAUGGAAUCAGGUAUUUUGAUGAUCUUACUUGUCAUAAUUAUCCUGUCAAGGUUCAUUUUAUGGUCCUGCCUUAGUUCUUAUAUCGAUUAUAAACUUUCUAAAAGAUUUCCUGACGAAAUAAAGAAGGACUAAAUAAUU